AUGUUUGCGCCGACCACCCCAACAUGGUCCGUGAAUGAUCUACUUUCGUCUUAUCCUUCUCCCAGGCUUUCCUCGACAACUAUUACUCGGCUUUACGACUUGUCUGCGCUUAUACCACCCCAAGAAGGCACGCCACAAUUCGAGGCAGUUAAAUCAGAUUUGGAGGAAAUGGUCAGACUUGUGGAAGCAGUGAGAUUGGUUGACACAUCUUCUGUAUCUGUAUCUGGACGUGGAGAGAAGGAAGACGCAGAUAGAAAUAUCGCCCCAAUUGAUCCAUCGCAACUGGGUGAAGUUGGUCAACAGUUGUUAAAGCACGCUUCCCAGACUAAGGACCAGUUCUACGUCGUGGACUCGGAGAGGGCAAGAUAA